AUGGAAUCUCCCGCUGACUUCUAUCGUCAUGUACUGACAGAGGUCUUAGAUGAUCUUAUGGAUCAGGUUGGUGGUUUAACGAAGAUUGAAAAGGUCAAAAAAGCGUUGCGAAAGAUCUCCCAGAUGUACAAAGGGGGACUUUCAAACGCUUCUAGCCAGUGUCGUUCCGACUGGAGUGACCCAGCAAACCGCUGCGCCUACGUCUUCCUGUACUUGAUGCAGCACUGUCAUCUCGUGUUCUCCUCACUUCAGUACACAUCAAAGAUCUUGAACAGUUGGCAAAACAAGAGUAACUUGAAGAUUUGCAGCAUCGGAGGCGGGCCUGGGUCAGACCUGGUUGGCUUGACAACCUUCCUCCGUAAGAAAGGAAUCUUCCCGCCCUUGUUGGAAUGCCUGGUCUUGGAUCUAUAUCCCAACUGGAAAGACACCUGGGACAUGAUAUACAAGCGUAUUCCCGAGCGUUUUGGAGUACAAUACAAAAGAUGCGAUAUUGUCAGAGAUACCGCUCUUACGUCCAUUUCUACUCGUCGAUUCAUCCGAGAUGCCGACAUGCUAACCAUGGUGAAGUUCUUCUCCACAGUAUCUGCUUUCUUCCGAGAUGAACCAGGGUGUGGCGACCUCCUUCGAUCAUUUCUUCAUGAAUUAAAGCCGGGCUGCUUUGUGCUGUUCAUUGACAAUCAACACAAUAGUGACACACAGUUCGAGCAAGACUUUGCAUCUCCAAUUGGACUGGGUAAGGUGUUUGAAUUCCGAGGCAAAUCCACCUUACCUUUUGGACAGUAUUCCAGCACCGUGAAAAGGUACUGUCGCGAUCUAAAUUACAAACCAAUGAGUAGCUGCGAAGUCCUGAUCCAGCUUUACAAAAAGUUGGCGGUUCAGCCAGCUAGUAGAUCAUGCGUCAUCUCCCAGGACCGAAACAACCGAAUCCCACUUCAACAUUCUGGUUCAUCGGUUGACCGGAUUCAGCCUGGUGCACACCACCGGAACAACGUUGAUGAUCGUUUGAGCAGCUCAUCUCAGCCUCGCUACAGUUCACUGCCAGCAGCUUCUUCCCGAUCACUGGUCUUACAUGAUUUUGCCAACCGACGGCAUGUGCCGACGUCACCGGUCGAUGGUGACAGUGACAGCAGCUAUGACAAUAGUGAUGACGACAACAGCUAUGAGUAUGACUCCGAUGACAGGGACUAUGAUUAUGAUGACUAUGAUAGCAAUGACUGCUAUGAUGGCUAUGGCGAUUAUGACUGCGAUGACGACUAUGACAGCGACGACAACAGGAAUGACUGCUAUGAUGGCCAUGACGACUAUGACAAUGACGACUAUGACAGCUACCGGUAUGAUUGCUAUGAGGAAUAUGACUACAUGUACGACAAGUACUAUGGGUUUGAUGACAAAAAAGACCGCUAUGAUGGUUGCCAUGAGUAUGACUGCGAUGACAGCUACAAUGACUAUGACGACUAUGACAGGAACAAACGGCUAUGA